CCGCGUGCUUGUAAAGCCACCCUGGAGUGUUUCAUGAAUGGGGGAGGCAAGAAGAGAAAGGCCUAGGGCCUCCAGACCUGGUGUCCUUUUAAGGCUCUGGUCAGCAUCUGCAGCAUCCGUUUUGCAACAAGCCAUCGAGCUUAGCCGGGGUCAGCUUCCUCCAGGAUGCAGUUGGCCUCUGAAGUGGGUGGGCAGAUCCAUUGCAUGGUAGCAAUUGAGCGCCUAGGUGCCACAGGCCCAAGCCGGGUGCUUCUCCGUGACGCAUUGGUGACACUUGGUCGGGACGAAUUCCGAACAAUGGUCUUGCGAGUCUCUACCACCAGCGGUCCAAGCCCUCCCCAGAACUUCCCCCUGCGACGGGAUGAAGUCCGACUGUUUACCCGCUUCAUGAAGGAUGGAAAGAGCUCCAUCAGGGUGGGCCCAGCUGCUGGGCUCAACCAUGUGCAGCUGCUGCUCUCGAACUGCCCUCCGGAUCAGUUGCGACGCUUCGUCCACAUGCUGCGCAUCAAACUAGAAGCCACACAGGAAAGACCUGUGACUGAGCGGAAGAGGCUCCUCUCUGGCCUGCCACGGAGCUUCGACACCAUAAGUCCAGUGCAAGUCCGAGAUCUGCAGCAAGCUAGUAGUGCCCGGCGAGCCCUGGCUGAGAUAGCCACGCCAGUGAAAGGCCGGGACCAAGGCCGCUGUGCUGCUAGGAAGCGUGCCCGGAUUGAAUCGGAGGACAAGAAUCAGGUGGCUGAAACACGGCAGGUGAAGAAGCCUUGGUCAAUGGGCUCCCGAGUGACACUGUCCCAAGAGCAGUCAAUGGUGCUAAAUGCGGUGCUGAGUGGGAAGAAUGUCUUUUUCACAGGCAGUGCUGGUACUGGAAAAUCCUAUCUGCUAAAAAAGAUCAUUGCCUCGCUGCCACCAAAUGGCACAUAUGCUACUGCCAGCACAGGAGUAGCAGCCUGCCAGAUCGGAGGCACCACUCUCCAUGGCUUUGCAGGAAUUGGCUCAGGAAAAGCUCCCCUAUCGCAGUGUAUUGAGCUGGCUCAAAGGCCUGGGGUUCGGCAGCAAUGGCUAAACUGUCGCCGUCUGAUCAUUGAUGAGAUCUCUAUGGUGGAGGGUGAUUUUUUUGAUAAACUGGAAGCAGUGGCUAGAGAUGUAAGGAAAUGUGAGGAUCCAUUUGGAGGAAUCCAGCUCAUUAUCUGUGGUGAUUUCUUGCAGCUGCCUCCAGUCAGCAAAGCCACUGAGAAGCCCAGGUUCUGCUUCCAGGCAAAGAGCUGGAGGAGGUGUAUCCACUUGAAUAUGGAGUUGACAGAAGUACGGAGACAGACAGACAGAGAGUUCAUAUCUCUUCUAAAUGAGAUCCGUCUUGGCAGAUGCACAGAAGAAGUCACCAGGCAGUUGACUCUAAUAGCAACACACAAGGUGGAGAGAGAUGGGAUCCUGGCCACCCGGUUGUGUACCCACAAGGAGGAUGUAGAGCUCACAAACGCUAGGCAGUUACAGGAGUUAACUGGAGAGCAAAGAUCCUUUAAAGCAGUGGAUAGUGAUCCAUCAUCAGUGAAAACCAUUGAUGCACAGUGUCCUGUGAACAGUGUUAUUGAGCUCAAGCAAGGUGCUCAGGUGAUGCUUACUAAGAACCUUGAUGUGUCCCGGGGUCUGGUGAAUGGGGCCCGUGGAGUUGUGAUUGGAUUUGAGACAGAAGGAAGAGGGCUACCAAAAGUGAGGUUUCUGUGUGGCAUCACAAACGUUGUUGGGAUGGAACGAUGGCUUUUAAAGGGUCCAGCAGGGACAUAUUUGAGUCGCCAACAGUUGCCCCUGAAACUAGCCUGGGCCAUUUCUAUCCACAAGAGCCAGGGAAUGUCUCUGGAUUGUGCUGAGGUCUCCCUGGCCCGUGUUUUUGAAUAUGGCCAGGCUUAUGUAGCACUUUCCCGAGCACGCAAUCUUAUGGGUCUUCGUGUUCUGGAUUUUGAUCCUAAGGUAGUGAGAGCCAACCCUUAUGUUUUGCAGUUCUACAAGCAAUUACGAAAAGACAAAUUUUUAACUCAGGCUACUCUAAAGUUUUGCAUUCAAGCUGACAAAGAAAACAUAGAAGGCACCUGAACUGUCUGCUAAAAAUCCUGGACAUUUUAUUGCUCUUUGUCCUCUUUAUUAAAUAGGCAAAAAUGAUAUUUUGGAAACCACUGAUCAUCAAUAUGUACAUUCUAAGUUCUAUAAGUAGAACAUGCUAGCACUGACAUCUUUCUUCUCUAGCAGUGAAGAGAAGUGGGACAUAAAUCAUCUGUCAUAAUUCAAGAUAUGAACUCUUAAGAACUUUUUUUACUGGGAUGGAAGUGGACGUUUUAACUUACUUGAAGCCCUUGUGUAGAAUAUCUAUCAUUUUGCUACUAUGUCUGGAUUUAAGUAAUGUCAUUGUUGUAUAUAUGGUUUUUAACAUUAAUGAAGUGCUUUUUAAAAAAGUAUCAGAAGUUAUCAGAAAAUUACUGAGGCAGAGAAUUGACCAAGUAGCAGCACUUAUUGAAGUCAGAGCAGCAA